UGAUUGUAAGCACUUUUACAUAAUGUCAACUCUAUGGUAGUUGUAUUCAUAAAUCAAUGUACUAUUGAGAUAUAUAUGUUGAGAAAUAUAAUUAGCUGGAGUAUAUUUUAAUGAUAUGAUUGACACUGUGUAUUUAUUUAUUUGUUUGCUUAUUUAUUUGUGUAGUCAUUAAGCACGUUUACUCAGGACAAAAUACUCUUCCAUCCCAUGCACUUCUGUGAAACUGUAUAAUAGCAUUUAGGGUAUUUUGAUCAUCGGGGGGGAAAACUAAGUGCUACGUCAUAGUUACCAUACCGGCGUCAUACCCUCCCCCUAGUGGUAGACCUAGUUAACACGCCUGGUAACAAAGCUACGUGGGUUACUUAUUAACGUUAACCCAGGUUCAUUACUCAUCGGGGAACCUGCGAAGCAAGAUACUUCCCGGCCAUGCUGACCUGUUGCAUCUGAAAAAUGGAAGUUGUCAGCAAAGGAACGGCCACUGAGGAUGACGGGGACGGGGUUUUCUCUAUCACUCCCAAUGAAGAAGAAGAUGUUAGGGUUCAGGUUUCGUACACGGCUGCCAGAGAGGAAGAACUCGCGGCUGAAAUAAUAAUUCUCCCAGACCGCAAAUCCCAUGUGUCAAGUGAUGGGGAUGCAGCACGGGCUUUCCUGGAUCACCCAAAAUCAGAAGUUAACGCAAAACUAUGCCACCGCUUCAAGUAUUGCGGGAACGAAAGUGAUCCUGAGGCGGCGGACACAAGAGGAAGUUUAGUCUCGGAAGCCCCAGGGAAGCGAAAAGGCUGCCCGGGUCUCGGCCUGUUUUACGCUUUGCUGGCGUCGACUUUCUUCUCCGUUGUGGCUCUCCUGGUGAAGAAGAUAGAGGGCGUCCAUGCUGUGGAAAUCAGCGCCAUCCGCUGCUUUUUCCAAAUGACGUUUGUUCUGCCAGCACUGAUUUAUUAUAAAACUGGCUUCCUAGGACCAAGAGGACAGCGGAUCUUCCUGUUUCUGAGAGGGAUCCUUGGCUCUAAUGCCAUGAUCCUCUUAUAUUAUGCCGUACAGCAGAUGCCACUGGCUGAUGCGACCGUCAUUGUUUUCAGCAACCCGGUCUUCACCACCGUGCUGGCCUGGAUCUUCCUCAAGGAGAAGUGUACAAUCUGGGAUUUUGUCUUCACCAUUUUUACGCUGACAGGGGUCAUACUGAUCGCCAGACCUCCGUUCCUCUUUGGAUCAGAUGCUUCUGGAAUUGAGGGAGACUACACAAACCACGUCAAGGGCACCAUCGCAGCCUUCCUGUCUGCGGCUGGGGCGGCCUGCACUUUAGUGGUGCUCAGGAAGAUGGGUAAAAACGUGCACUAUUGCCUAUCUGUGUGGUACUAUGCAGUCAUUGGUCUGAUCGAAUGCCUCAUCGCGUUAUUCGUCAUAGAUGAGUGGACCGUACCAUUCUGUGGGUGGGACAGGUGGAUCCUCAUAGUGAUAGGAGUCCUUGGAAUCGCUGGGCAAACAUUCCUCGUCAAAGCGCUGCAAAUUGAAAAAGCCGGACCCGUCGCCCUGAUGAGGACCAUAGACGUAGUGCUGGCCUUCUUCUGCCAGUUCAUCUUCCUUGGCCACAGUCCAACGUGGUGGAGCUUGGGCGGGGCACUGUGUGUGAUAAGCAGCACUACCGGUGUGGCCGUGCGGAAAUGGUACAGCAGCACCAGAAAGCACUGACUGAGCACCCACUAUGCCCAACAAGAGACACCAAUACUGAAACGGCGUAGUCCUUUAGCACCGGAAUUACUAUUCAUAAUAUUCAGCUGCAAAUGUUGAUCAGGGUCACAAGGGCGAGUCUGGCGUCUGGCUUAGGGCACAAAGCUGCGGUACUCCCUGGCCGGGAUGCCAGUCCAUCGCUGGGCAUAUACUUAUGGCCACACUCCUGUGCUACGGGCACUUCAGAGACUCCAGUUAGCCAAAGUGUGUCUUUGGAUCGUGCCCAGAGUGGAAACGCUCACUACAUCCAGAGGGCUUGCAAACUCCACGCACAUGAAGCAGAAGCAACGUGUUUGAUUCCAUCAUAUAUGUGAUCUUAUCAAUCCUCCCUUUACCAACACACACUUUCUCAGAUUUUUAUACCGUACCGUAGUUUUUCUAUUUAUUUACACGGGAUAUUUCCUGGCACUAGCAAGUAGAAUAUUUGAUACUGUAUUUUAUUUUAAAUGGCACUGGGUAUAUAUCAAUACUGCCAAGAAUCAAAUGUUUUUCUAAUUGCUGUGCUACAAAGCUGUAAACCAAGAAUUGCUUUUCACUUGAAUGCAACAGACCUGUCCUUCUGGUUCAUGUUAAUGAAUAACUAUCCAUCCAUCCAACCAUCCAUCCAUCUUCUGUACCUGCUUAUCCUAUUCAGGGUCGCAGGGGGGGGGAUAUUUACAAUAUAUAUAUAUAUAUAUAUAUAUAUAUAUAUAUAUAUAUAUAUAUAUAUAUAUAUAUAUAUAUAUAUAUAUAUAUAUAUUAUAACCAUUCAGUAUAAUAGUGAAAUAUGUUUAAUAUCAAUGAUCCAUGACAAUCGUAAAAGAUUACUAUAGUAUAGUAAAUUUAAGAAGCCUACUUUUAGUAAAACAAUGACAUUUUAUAUGACACUUCUUGUUUGUGUUUUUCAGUAAAGAUUUUCGGAGAAAGCAAUAACUUUUUGCUAAGUGCAUUAAACUUGCACAUUAAGUCAUGCGAGACCAAAGUAAUGAAAGAAAUAAAAGUUUUUAAAAACCCUCAUGAUUAACACUAUGUCGUUCGUAAGUUCUACGUUAAAAGAUAGAACCUAAGAACGAUGUGGCGUUAAGGAGGCUUGGGGAAAUUCAUCCCGGCACAGUGAAAUCUACUACAACCUUAUUACUGUAGCAAAACAAUACCGUGCCACAAAUCACGCUUGAUACUGUAGAGCAUGCUUUUAGCUUACGAUAAUUAACUUUACUGAGCAUUAUUGCACUAAAUGUUGUCUUAUACGAUGCAGUGUAUGCUGUUCGUGGUCUAGUUUUAAGUGAUGAAGGUGAUUGAAAACCUAUGAAAGAUCUGUCAAAACAGUCGCUUUAAGGGUUGUGACUUGUGCAUUACGUGUUUUGAUUUAUUUAUAUAAAUGCGUGUUACAAUUUAUGAUUAUUCGUAUUGUUAUAUAAUUUAUAAUACACGCAUAAUUAGGUGAAGAUCACCAUGUACAUUUCAUAUUGAUUAGGUGCAGAGAGUGCUGUUAUUCAAAAUGAUGGUAAAUGGUUUGAAAUAAGAGGUUGUCAAUUUUUCAUUCACACAGUUACUCUCUGACCAUGGACAGAUAUUCGUGCUCAGUCUGUACUUUCACCUCCGAGUCCAAUAACUAGUUCUGCAAAUACUGCAGAGCAGAAUAUAAUAUUGUCAAUAUUUAUGGGACUGAACACAAAAACUAUUGUGGCAUUCUGGAGGAGUUACUAAGGUAACUAAGAUACGUAACCUUUGCAUUUAGCACUUAACAAUUCUUGCUAUUGUUGUUUUGAUGGACGGUGUGGUUUAUGAAUAUGCUACAUAAACAUUUAAAGUACAAAAGCAAAGAGUACGCAUAUUUCAUUUCCUGGGUUUUGUAUUUUUCUAUCUACGUUUAGAAUUUGAGACAAACUGAUCAAGUAUGCCCACGAUCAUACUACAUGUCAAGAAAUUACUUGAAAUGUUUUAGUCUUUCAGAUUAAAAAUGUCCAUCACUGUAACACUCAUUGUCGUGCUUUGUGAUUACAUAUACUUUUUAUAUUAUGUUUCUUAAAGGUGGCUUUG